AUGGCGUCGGUCAACCAACAACCCAAGAUCAUCGUAGUUGAUGGAAGCUCAACAACGAAUCGGUCCGAUAAUCCUCUCUACGACCUUUUAAAGAAAGUCCCUUUCCGGGUAGAGAAUGCUGUCCCCUCAAAGGUUCUAGGUGCCGAGGAAUUGGCGGACAAACCAGCCGUAGUUAUCUUUGCCGAUCUAGACGCCACAGCGGUAAGAACUCCCACGGAAUGGCCGGACCGGUUGACCGAAGUCAGAAGGGCGCUCGGGAAGAGCGUUUUCGUGGUUUUGUGGAGUCAGCUGGCCUCUGAUGAUGUCGGACUGAGGAUCAAGUGGCGGAGGAAGGACGUAAAUAUGAUCACUGCGUCGGUCGACCACUUGCGCCUAGCCCUUGACAAGAUCUCCGAUCUCAAAUUGCCUCCUUCCACAUGGCCUCCCGCGACAUCAGCGCAACCCCUCCUCGGAUGCCCAUAUUGUCCCGAAGCGCUUCCAUUGGACCUACUCUAUGACCACGUCCCUCUGUACCAUACCCAAGAACCAAACAACAACGACCCCCUUCCUUGCCCCGCUUGUUCGUACCCACACUGUCGCCUGUCGGUGCAUUUCCACGAAGAUCAUUCGCCGAGUUGGGAUACUCGGACUGACAAGAUAUCGCGCAAGGAUCGGAUUCCCAUCUACGGGCUCACUGUAUGCAGGAAUCCGAAAGACGGCCGAUAUCUGUUGAUUGAGGAGCCGGGACAGAAUGGGUGGUGGUGCCCCGGUGGCGGUGUGGAUCCUGGGGAAGACUUGGCGGAAGGUGCCAAGAGAGAAGUCUUGGAGGAAGCAGGCGUAGAAGUCGAGAUGAAAGGGAUCUUGAGGGUGGAGUUUCAACCCGCCCAUCCGCGAGGCCGGCGCUAUCCGAGGCUACGGGUUGUGUUCUAUGCUGAGCCCGUACCUUCAACGCCCGAGAAACCAAAUCUUCCAAAAACUCUCCCGGACUACGAAUCCGUCAGCGCUUGCUACGUAUCUGUGGAAGACAUCGAGAAGCUACCACUGCGCGGGGCGGAACCCCUAAUCUGGGGCAAGUACAUCAGUGAUGGUGGUAUGAUCUGGCCGAUGGAGGUCCUGGGCCGGGGAGGCGAUGCUCCUCCUGCCGGCGGCCCAACUCCGCUGGUUAUGUCACAACUGAACCCCUAG